UUGAUCGCACUCUAUUAUCGCCCACUUAAGCAUGGCAAUGGAGAAAUGUGUGAAGAAAGGUUAUGUUCUGCAUUGGACCCGUGGAAAUCAUGUCACAUUAAAGAGAUCCUGGCACAGGCGAUAUGUGUUACUCAUCCAAACUAUCAACAAAUAUUCACCAAGAAUAGAGAGGAUGCCACUGAAGUGAAACCUUUAACAACAGAUAAAGACAAGGAGAAAUCAUUUGAAAUUAUCUUUAGUUCCUCAAAGGAGAAAAGUUCAAAGGAUAAAUCAGUCAAAUUCAUCAUAGAUGAAUUUCAGAACUUCACAGACUGGCUAGCAGUUAUUCAAAAGGUUAUAAAAAAUUUAGAUGUAACAUCAGUUCAGCCAAUUGAAAGCUCAUUAACACCAACACCCCCUGUUGGUGGCCAAGGGUUGAUCUUAGAUCUGAUGAUGCGUCAGAAUGCUUUACCGAACAAGGAAGAUGACAGUGUUGAAAACAGGCCAGCUUCAAUGGCAUCCGAAGAUCUCGAUUUUGAUGAGAAUGUGCUCUAUGAAAGUGCAAAUACAGGGCCAAAGUUUGAGGUGACUAUCACAGAAACAGAGGCCUCCAAACGCUGCCAACUAUCUGGAAAAUACGACCUUCUCAUAUCAUCUAUGAACUUCUGUAUCCUCGAUCCAAAAACAUCUAUUAUCUUAUAUGUCUGGCCAUUCCGUUAUCUCCGUCGCUAUGGUCGCAAUGAACAGAACUUCACUUUUGAGGCAGGGCGACGAUGCCCAUCAGGUCCAGGACUAUUUUCUCUCUCAACAGACUUUGGAAAUGAAAUAUUCGAAGGAAUUGUCAAACGGGUGAAGGAAAUAAAAGACAGGCAGCAAAAGGAAAAGGAUUCUAAUAAGGAAGCUGAAGCUAUUCUAUUACCCACUUACACAAAGGGAGCAAAUAAAAACAAGAAUGCAGUAAAUAAUGAGACCAGUGAAGUUUCAUUAACAGUUGGGAAAUUGGGGAGUCUAAGAAGAAAAUCUGAGAAUGAAGUACAAGCAAGUAUCAUCAGAGAUGAACUGGAAUCAAAAUUAAAAAUAAAAUCCCCAGCUACAGGCAAAAUUUCAACCAAUACUAGUCCUUCUAUACCUACUUUGGUGAAACCACAAGUUGAAGCAAAUAUAAAACCUGGAAGUAAUGAGCGUAUUGUGUCUGGAAAUUAUGAACUUUCAGAGGUCGGGGCUGAACCAACAACAGAGAAAUUCAGAAGUCCACAUUCUACACUUGAAAAAGAAUCGCAGUAUGCUGUGUACGAUCUUGCAGCUGGCAAACAUCUGUUGAGUCCUUCUGGGGAGAAAAUGUUAACCAUGGAGGAGCCACAAGGUGAAAUGUAUGCAGAACUGGAAGAACGGCAAGAGGCUUGGAAGACAUUUGCCAUGGAGACAGACAAUAUUCACAUUGAGAAGUCAGUACAAGAAACUAAAAAUACUAAACCGAGCAAACCAAAACCUGCAUUAAUUUCACCAAAACCUACUGUGAAAGUGCCUAGUUAUACCUUAGUGGAUAAAACCAAAAAAGGAAAAAAGGAAAUUAAAGAUGUGAGUAAAGGCAAUGAUAGUAGUAUUGAAGCUCUGAAUGAAGUUAAAGCUACUCCACCAGAUGAAUUAGACACUUAUGAUCGUAUAUCAUUCAACAAAAGUAAACCAAACAAAAAAGCCAAGCCACCCAAUAUAAAUAGCGCGGGUAUCACAGCAGCCACAUCUGAUCUUUAUAACAAACUUGAUAAACACCCUGAUGGCAACAAAAUUGAUGGUGCAUAUUCAGUUGGAAAUGAAUAUGCAACAGCCAGUGCAGUUAGUGACACAUAUGCAGAUAUAGAUAGUAAGAUACCAGAUGAGGUCAUAGACCAGGAUGCUGAGUAUAGCCAGAUAAUGGAUGUGAACUCAAAGAAAAGUUCUCGGUAUCUGCCCACAGAGAAUUACUCUGAGAUAGACCUUUUACCUGGAGAAAAAUAAUUCUUUAUGUAAAAUCUCCUCCAAGUCUGGGUUUUGGCUUAUGCUAAUAUUGACAGACGAGAAAUGUUUUUGGAUGAACAACUAUGUAUCAUUUACAUGAUUUAGAGAGGAAUAACUUGAUUGAUUGUUUUUCUUGUUAUUCAUCCCACGGUGUCCAACUCAAACACUUUUGCAUGCACGACGCAGCGUUUCAUUCAUGCGGACACCAUGCAUCCCUAUAUCUUUAUAUUUGACCAUUCAAAAACCAGACUUGGUCUCAUUUUAUUUGUGAAAAAAAGAUUUCAGUUUGUAAAAAAAAUAUUUUAGUAUUUUAAAACUCUAUUAUAAAUGCUUGUAUUGUGUUUCUAGUUAUAUGAGUGUCUAUCAAAGUAGGGGUAGGAAUUGAUAACCCAGAAUAUGCAUUGCAUACAUGCAGAAAGGGCAUCUAUACAAUAUACAUAUGAAAUGGAUUUUUCAAUUUUUGAAUUUCUCACAAAUAUGUCAAAAUAAACUAAUAUGCAUCGUGUACAUGAACAGGUAUCGCUGGUUAUGACUGCCAAAAAUGAUUCAGGUAAAUUCAACCUUGUAACAAUGAUAAUGUGCUCAGUGAUUAAAAUAAGAUAAACAUCAUGGCCUGAGAUGUGCAUUAUAAGUAAUAAUGGGCCUAACUUGUACUUAUUAAUGAUAAUAUUACUAACUAGCAAAAGACAUCAUACAUAACAGCCUUAUGUCAGUUUUCAUAGUAGAAUCCUUUCUAGUUAUGAAUGCUAUGAUUUACCUAUUACUUCUGUACUGCUGAUAUUUACAGCACUCUAUCAUAUCAUAUCUAUCAUAUCAAGUUACACUGCAUAUGUAUCCUGUUGUAUAGGGACAUACAUGUACAUAACCAAAUUUUAGUACCAUAAUAUAUCACAUGAUUUUGAGUGAUAUAAUUCAUAUUUUACUAGCCUACUUAAUCAUCAGUAUCAGCUGUCCACAGCAUGACUGAUUAAAUGAAUGACUUCUAAUGCUGAUGAGUCAUACAAAGUUGAUGAAAAAUUAAGAACAGUUCUUCUUGCAAUAUUUCAAUUUGAGGUUCCCUAAAUAUGUAUGUGUUAUUCAUAUAACAUGCAUGACAAGAAUAGCUACUUUCUCAGUU